UGUCACAUGACUCUGGGGUCUCUUCCGCCCUCUGAAGUUGGGGCCCCAUGUGCGGCAGCGAGGGGCCCCGCUGGCGCUGGGGGCGCGGUGCCCCCGGCCCCACACUCCUCCUGAGCCUGCUGGCGUCUGCAGCCCCGCUCGGCCUGCUGGGGGACGAGACCCGCCAGGUGUCUCUGGAGGUCAUCCCGGACUGGCAGGGGCCCCCCCAGAACCUGCUGCACAUCCGGGCAGUGGGCGCCAACUCCACGCUGCACUACGUGUGGAGCAGCACGGGGCCCCUGGCAACCCUGCUGGUGGCGACCGACACCCCCCACAGCACCCUGGCCGUCAACUGGAGCCGCCUGCUCUCCCCAGAGCCGGACGGGGGCCUCACCGUGCUCCCCAGGGACAGCAUCCGGUUCUCUUCUGCCAUUGUCUUCACCAGGCUGUUUGAAUUUGACGACACCAACACAUCGGAGGCGUCCGUCAAGCCUCCGGGAAAACCGUAUCCCCCGUAUUCCCUGGCCGAGUUCUCCUGGGACAACAUCACGGACUCUCUGGACCCUGCCACCCUGAGUGCCACGUUUCGAGGCCACCCCAUUCGUGACCCCACCGGGGCUUUUGCCAACGGCAGCCUGGCCUUCAGGGUGCAGGCCUUUCCUGGCUCCGGCCGGCCGGCCCAGGCCCCACGCCUCCUGCAUUCAGCGGACUCCUGCCAGCUUGAGGUGUCCCUGGUUGGGGCCGCUCCCCGGGGAAACCGUUCCCUGUUUGGGCUGGAGCUCGUCACCCUGGGCCGGGGCCCCGACUGCCCGUCCGUGCGAGAGCAGAGCUCCAUCGAUGACGAGUACACGCCUGCUGUCUUCCAGUUGGACCAGCUGCUGUGGGGGUCCCCCCCAUCAGGCUUCAUGCAGUGGCGGCCAGUGGCUUUCUCCCAGAGGCAGAGGGGCCGGGAUUCGGCCCUGCCCUGCCAAGCUUCCCCACUGCACCCCACCUCAGAGUACCCUCUCCCCCAGUCCCCCAUUGUCCGAGCCUUCUUUGGGUCCCAGACCAACUUCUGUGCCUUCAAUCUGACCUUUGGGACUCCCACAGGCCCCGGCUACUGGGACGAACGCUACCUCAGCUGGUCGAUGCUUCUGGGCGUAGGCGCUCCUCCGAUGGACAGCUUGUCCCCGCUCAUCUUGGGCAUCAUGGCGGUGGCCCUGGGGGCCCCGGGGCUCAUGUUGCUGGCAGGAGGCCUGUUUCUGCUGCUGGGCCACAAGCAGUGCUCCGAAUACCAGCCUAUCAACUGAGGCCCACUCGCCGGGGCGGGGGUAUGCACUUCCGGGCCUGCCUCGCCGGUCUGCCGAAUGGAGGGUCAGCUGCUCCCUUCUCCAUCCGGCUUCCCUGCAGGACCUCAGAGACCACCCCCAGGGGUGGCUUCCUUCACCCUCCGGGGAGGGACAGCAACAGGGUGAUUGCUGGGGGGGGGAGUCCCUUGGCAAUCCCUUCCCGCCCCUCGAGCCCUGUUUCCCGGGAUGGGACUCGGGCCUAAUGAGAGGCCUCUGACUGGUUGGCCACCCUGGAAGGGACGAAAUAGACUCUUUUUCCCCCACAA